GCCUGGAUCCGGCUGGCCCUAUGUUUGAAGGAGUGGACCCUAGCAGGCGCCUCUCCCCUGAUGAUGCUAACUUUGUGGAUGUCCUUCACACCUACACAAGGGAAACACUCGGUGUUAGCAUUGGGAUCCAGAUGCCUGUAGGCCAUGUUGACAUCUACCCCAAUGGAGGAGACUUCCAGCCUGGCUGUGGAUUAAGCGAUGUCUUGGGAGCAAUCGCCUAUGGGACGAUUGGUGAAGUCGUUAAAUGUGAACACGAGCGGUCUGUGCACCUCUUCGUGGACUCCCUCGUGAAUCAAGAUAAACAAAGCUUCGCCUUCCAAUGUACUGAUUCCAGUCGCUUCAAGAAGGGCAUCUGCCUGAGCUGCCGGAAGAACCGCUGCAACGGCAUCGGCUACAACGCCAGGAAAACACGGAACAAAAGAAACAGCAAGAUGUACUUAAAAACAAGGGCUGACAUGCCAUUCAAAGUCUACCAUUAUCAGAUGAAAAUGCACGUCUUCAGCUACAAGAGCUUGGGAGAGGCUGAUCCCACUUUCUCCGUCACCCUUCACGGCACCAAUGGAGACUCAGAACCUCUCUCGUUAGAAAUGCUCGAUCAAAUUGGCCUAAAUGCUACUAACACCUUCCUGGUCUAUACGGAAAAGGACAUGGGUGAACUUUUAAAAAUAAAGCUCACCUGGGAGGGAAUGUCUCAGUCGUGGUACGAUCUAUGGAAAGAGCUGAAGAGCUACUGGUAUCGGCCCGCAAAGUCUACCCAGGAACUGCAUAUCAGACGUAUACGUGUGAAAUCGGGGGAAACACAACAGAGGUUUGCUUUCUGCGUGGAGGAUUCCCAGCUGACCAGUAUAGCUCCUGGCAAAGAGCUCUGGUUUGUGAAGUGCACAGAGGAAUGGCAAAAAAGAUCUGUCUCAAAUUUGCUCUGA